UGUAUGAUCUGCUCACCUCCCCGGACUGCCUGCCGGACCUUCUGCAGGGCGGCCUAGUGGAGCAGGGCGUGAACGAGGCUUUCAUCCUGACCACCUUCAAGCUUCAGCCCAAAACAGGAACCAGCAUCUUCGCCCUGUUCAAUCCGCGGGACAACAGCAAGUACUUUGAGUUCACCGUCAUGGGGAAGCUCAACAGAGCUGUGUUGCGUUACCUGCGGAGCGACAAGAGGAUGACCUCGGUGACCUUCAACAACCUGGUGCUGGCGGACGGCCAACAGCACCGGCUGCUGUUCCACCUGAAGGGCAUGCAGCAGGGUCCGGGGGGCGUGGAGCUGCAUCUGGACUGCAGGCUGGUGGAGACCAUCAGGGACUUACCUGCCGCCUUCCAGGGUUUACCUGCAGGAUACGGCACGGUGGACCUGAAGACCAUGCAGGCCCGAGACCAG